AUGCCCUGCUGCUGCUCGACCAACCAGCGCCGCGGCUUUCUCAUCCCCCGCAAUCCCUUGCAUUGGCGGACCCAUCCCCUCACCACCCCCCGUCCCCUCCGCUUCCUCAUCAUCGGCGCCGGCUCCCGAGGCACUGCAUACGCCCGCGCAGUCACCACCGCAACCCAAGGCACCAUCCACGCCGUCGCCGAACCUCACCCCUUUAAGCGUCAGUUCCUCGGCCGAUCCUACAUCUGGGGCGAGGAUGGCACUCCCCAGGAUGGCCAGGAAUUCGCCGACUGGCGCGACUGGCUCCAAUGGGAGCUGAAACGACGAGAGACGCUAUCCACCCUCAACACCAGCACCCCCAGCCCAACCCCCAUCGGCGUCGACGGCGUCUUCAUAUGCACGCUCGACUCGACGCACGUCUCAAUCCUCCACGCCCUGGCGCCCCUCAAACUGCACAUCCUCUGCGAAAAGCCGCUCGCGCUCUCCCUAACCGACUGCCUCUCCAUCUACCGGAUCCUCACCCCCAACCAGUCCACAAACAUCUUCUCCAUCGGCCACGUCCUGCGCUACAGCCCGCACAACACCCUCCUGCGCUCCCUCCUCCUCGUCGACCGCGUCAUCGGCGACAUCAUCUCCCUCGAACACACCGAGCCCGUCGGCUUCUGGCACUUCGCGCACAGCUACGUCCGGGGCAACUGGCGCCGCGAGACCCCCACCGGCGACGGCUCCCUCCUGACCAAAUCCUGCCACGACAUCGACUUCAUCAUGUGGCUGAUGUGCUCACCAGCUCCGAAUGCGGCCUCUCGUGCUCCCCAUCAUCUUCCAAGCACCAUCUCUUCAUCCGGCGUGUUGUCGCAGUUCAUCAAGGCCAGGAAACCAGCGAAGGCGGGGCCGGCGACCAAUUGUUUGGCGUGUCCCGUCGAGAGGGACUGCGUUUACAGUGCCGUCAGGAUUUAUCAUGAUAUGCAUCUGGAGAAGGGCGACAUCGACUGGCCGGUUAAUAUCGUUUGUGAGGAUAUUGAAGAUGUUGUCAGAGCAGCUUCUGCUACGGCGGAUGAAUCCAACCCCCCCAACACCGAUAUCAAUUCCCCCAAAUCGCACCUCUUCGCCCGCCUCGCUGAAGACUACCCACCCCCCACCACCCCCGAACAAGAAACCGCCAUCCACUCCCGUCCAUGGUACGGCCGCUGCGUCUACGAAUCCGACAACUCCGUCCUCGACUCCCAAACUGUCACCCUCACCUGGUCCUCGUCCCCCGCACAGCCCAACAAUAACGGUGCCACCUUCCACCCCAAAACCGCCCUCUUCCACAUGAUCGCCGCCACCGAGAAACAGUGCGAACGCCGCGGCCGCAUCUACGGCACCGCCGGCGAACUCACCUACGACAGCCGCACCAUCACCAUCUACGAUUUCCAGACCCGGUCGUCGCGCACCAUCGACGUCCCGCGGCCCCCGAACCCCGAGGAGGAGAAGGCCCAUGGCGGUGGCGAUUAUGGCCUGGCGAGGGGGUUCGUGGAUGCCGUUGAUAAGGUGGUCAAUUGGGGGUGGGAGGUCGACGAGGCGCAGAGGACGUUUGUUGGGUGUGAUUUGGAAGAAGUGGUUAGGAGUCAUGCGGUGGUUUUUGCGGCGGAGGAGGCGAGGAGGGAGGGGGUGGUGGUUAGGUGGGGGGAGUGGUGGGAGAGGAAACUUGGGGAUGUGGAGGAGGGGGGGAGGGAGGUUUAG